GCUCACCUCAUUUAUCCUCCAGGCCACAAGGGGGCAGCACAGGAAAAUGAUUUCACCUUCUGUCCGCUCUCUCAAAAACAUGGCGUCUCUCAUGGUUCGCAGACGUGAAUUAUUCUCUUUGGCAAGGAUAUUGAGUGGUGUCUCAUAUUUGGGACCGGCAAGUUUGAGUGUCUGUUCGGGUCACAGGAAAUGUGGUAUAACCCGGCUUCACCUCCCUCUGACUCCCAGCACUUCUUUCCAUACGACAGUUUUAACGUCAGCAGCACAAUCGGCAAUCACAGUCACAGAGGAGCCGGACACACUGUUCCAGAAACUGGUGGUUUUGGUUAAAGGUCAUGACAGAGCUGUCUUGGACAGCUAUGAGUUCUUUGCCACCAUGGCAGCUAAAGAGCUGGGCAUCAGUCUUGGAAAAGUUUUUGAACCUCCGAAGGACAUUGAGAGGUUAACACUGCUGAAGUCAAUACACAUUUUCAAAAAACACAGGGUCCAGUAUGAGAUGAGAACUCACUACCGGUGCAUCGAGCUGCAUCAUAUAACAGGCUGUACAGCACAAGUAUACCUUGAAUACAUCCAGAGGAACCUUCCGGAAGGUGUAGCCAUGGAGGUGAUGAAGACUGCAAUGGAGAAGGUUCCUGAUCACAUCCUUGAACCGAUGUGGAAGGAAAUUCCCACAGAUGACAAGCCCAGCCAGUAAAUGCAGCACCUGUGACUAACAGAUGCCUAUUAAAUGUGUUUUCCUGUGAUUGUUUUUUUUUUUAAAAAGUGUGUUGUCUUUUCUGUUGCACAGUUAUGUGAAAUAAACUGAAUAUGCACACAAAUCACUCUUUGUAGUUCAGGUUGUAGUUUAUUUGGGAUUAUGUUUCAAAUAAGUCAGAAGUUUUUGUUUGACGAGCUGCAGUGAUAUCGGGAUGAACUGUUACUGUAUGUAUACAUGCAGAUACAAGACCAGCACACACGAGACCUUCGCUUUGUACAUUUAUUGAUUAAAACAGUAUACAUCAAAUCACAAAA